AUGAAUCGAAGCAAGAUCAAGGAAAUCGACGCCCAAGGACCGACCCACCAAAGGCACGCAAGAACCACAAUCAUUAAGUUUGUCAAAUUUUCACCCCACAGCGACUUCCUGGUCUGCGCUUUGGAGGAAUCUAUCUACGUUUGGGACGUUGCAACAGGGGGACUUCUCAGUACCUUUGCCCAUAUCGACAAGGUGAAUAGCACUUCAAUUUCGUCAGACGGGCAUCUUAUUGCUUCCGCAUCAUCAGAUGGUAGCAUCCGAGUCUGGGAAGUCAUGACUGGUGUGUUGCGCAAUAUGAUGGUAGUCAACGGUAGCAAGUCUGGUGUAUUCUUUGGAGAUGGACUGUUCAAGAGACCAAGGCGGUCCCGAAGAAUCAUUUCAGGGCAAAUAAAGUCUUUGCGCCUGCUCAGGAAUCGACGGUCCUUGUUUGUCACCAAUCCAUGGAUAACAUGCCACAUGGACCGUCUACUCUGGCUGCCUGCUGAGUAUCGAGCUACAUGUAUGGCCGUCUAUGCUGACACUCUUGUCUUGGGCCAUGCCUCUGGGGGACUUACCCUGCUGGAAUUCGAUGUGGACCGUAUUCCAUUGUCUGCCCGUGGCAGUCAAAGCUGA